GACGCUGUGCUUUGGAGUAGCCGGGUAAAGCAGCCCCCAACCUGCUCAUUUACUCAAACCUUAAUGUUACAUCGCUCGUACAAAGCUUUUGCGCUCGUGCAGCGAGGCCGGGGAUGCAACUCCAUUUCUAGUGCAACAGUUCGCCCGUGCAUACCGUCUGCGCGCCGACGCGUCCUUGCAGCGGCACACAGUCAUGGAAAUCGCGAGGCCAACAUGCAAGAGUUCGACGCUAGCAUGCGGCACGGUGUGGCACAAGCGCGGGCACAGGCCGCGACACCCCACGCAAUUGGCGCCUUCAUGGCCGCUGCCUUCGCGGUCGCCGCGCUGGUUGCGCGGCCAUACCGCCAUUCCGCUGCGCCGCUCGCGUCGGCACACGUGGCACCGGCGGCACCUGUCGCUGCCUCGCCAGCUGCCUCCUCCGCGACUGCCCAAGUGGGCGGCGGCAGGGCAGUGCUGCUUGCGUCGGUGUCUGCAGCCCAGGCCUCGUCACCCACCGCGGGGCUGACGCAGUUUGGGGAGAUGCUGGCGUACGUGCAGUACAAAGUGAUGCAAGCCAUGACCCUGCCCACCUGGGGCAAGAUCCUGACCGUCAUGGCCGUGGCGCUGCCCAUCCUGGCCCUGGGCAGCGGCGCGCUCUGCGCCAUCACGGGCGAGAAGCCGCUGGCAGCUGUGAAGCGCUGCUACUUCAUCCUCAACAACGUGCCGGGCGCCGACAUAGCGGGGGAGGAGGACGUGCGGGCCGCCGUGCUGCUGAACACCAUGUACAUUGUGGGCCUGCUCACCUUUGCGGUGCUCAUCGGAGUGCUGGGUGACGACAUCGGGAGCGCGGUGGAGGCCGCGCGCCUCGGCAACACGCGUGUGCCGGAGCGUAACCACACAGUGGUGCUGGGCCACAACCGCCAACUGAUCGAGGUGCUGCGGCAGGUGGCGGUGGUGCGUGCGGACCGCGGUGCCGCCGCCUUCCCCGGGCAGCUGGUGGUGCUGAGCGAGCGCGACCGGGCCGAGCUGGAGGCGGAGCUGCUGGAGGCGCUGGGGCCGGCGGCGGCGGCGGCGGUGGUCACACGGCAGGGCAGCCCGCUCAAGGUUGCGGACCUGCAGCGUGUGUCCGCCGGCCACGCCCGCACCGUCAUCCUCAUGGCGCCCGACGAGGAGGGCGGCGGCGGCGGCGAGGGCGCGGAGGCGGAGGCCGCGGAGGCGGAGGAGGGCGGCAGCGCACACGUGCUGUCCGCGGAGGCGCAGCAGGCUGUGGCGCUGGCGGCGCUGCACCACCUGCGGCAGGCGGCGCUGGAGGCGCCGGGUGGCAGCGGCCUCAAGGGCGGCGCGGCGCAGACGGUGGUGGUGCAGCAGGACUCGGCCCUGGACCUGCUGGCGCACGCCUGGGGCACCAGCGAGGGCGCUGGCGCAAGCAGGCUGGUGGCGUCGGUGUCCCACCUGAACAACCUGGCCCGCCUGCAGGCGCAGUGCGCGGCCCAGCCGGGGCUGUCCGCCGUCAUCAGCUGCAUCAUGCAGCAGCAGCCCGGACUGCCCGAGUUCUACGUGCAGCGUGUGCCCGAGGUGGUGGGGCUGACGUACGGCGAGACGCGGCGCCUGUUCCCCCGCGCCGUGCUCGCCGGCUUCUACGACCCGCGCCGCGCAGUGGUGGACAGGGGCGCGGGGGUGGCGGGUGGCAGCAAUGCGCACCUGAGCGCCGAGGAGCGCCUGGAUGCGGAGGCCGCCGCGGUGGUGCUCAACCCGCCCGACUCCUCCAUCAUCCUGGACCGCCACUCCCUCAUCCUGCUGGCCGACAAAUCCGACGACAUCAAACCCCUGUCCCCAGCCGCCGCCGCCCGCGCCCGCGCCCACCACCAACAACAACAGCAGCAGGCCGCGGCGAACAGCGCUGCAAAAGCUAGCGCCAAAUCGGCGGCGCAGAAGGCCGCGGCGGCUACGAUUGCGGGCAGCAGAGGCGCUGGCGCCGAGGCGGCCGUGUGGGGCGAGUGGUCGGAGGCGGCGGCGGGUGUGCCCAUCAAGGUGGUGGUGUUGGCGUUUGACGGCCAGUCGCCAGAAGACCUGCUAGAGGCGCUUGCGGACUACUGCCCGGCCGGGUCGCAGGCGGUGGUGGUGGCGGCGGAGGACAGCGAGGCGGCGCGCGGCACGCAGCGCAGUAGGGAGGAGCAGGCGCAGCUGCGCACGAGCACAGUGGCCGGGGACCCGCGCAGCCGCGCAGGCCUCAGCGCGGCGGGCGUGCAGGGCGCCGAUGCCGUCAUCCUUACGGGCCUGGACGGCGUCUCCAGCGACCAGGCCGACGCGCAGGCUCUCGCCACACUGCUGCAGCUGCAGGCGCUCAUGCCCCACCACAACCAGCUACACCGCCACUUCGCGCGCCAGUCGGGAGCCGGCGGCGGCGGCGGCGGCGGUGGCGGCGGCAGCAGCAACGGAGGCCCCAGCAGCGGCGGCGUGCGGCCGCUGCACGUGGUGUGCGGCGUGGCGGACCCGCGCACGCGCGAGAUCAUGCAGAGCCUGGUCCGGGUGCGGGGCGGGGGCGGCGGUGCGGGUGCGGGUGUGGGCGGCGCCGCGGCGGGGCGGCCGUUGAGCCUGGACAUCAUCAACGCGGACGAGAUGCUCGCGGGAGUGCUGACCCAGGUGGCUGCCGAGCCGCGGCUGUCGGGCGUGUUCCACGAGCUGUCCAGCGCGGAGGGCGUGGAGGUGUACAUGCGCACGCCGGGGGCGCUGGGGCUGCCGCUGGGCGCGCCCAUCGCCUGGGACACGAUCCAAGACAGCGGCCGCGCGCACAACGUGACGGUAAUCGGCGUGGUGCGCGGCAGCGGCGUGCGGGCCGGCGCCGCCGCCGCCCCCGAUGACGGGCCGCUGGUGGAGCUGGGAGUGCCGCCGGGUAAGGCGCCGGCGCUGACGCUGCAGCCGGGCGACAAGCUGGUGGUGCUGGCGGAGGAGGCGCGGUGAGGCGCCAAGGGCCGGGGGCAGGAGGCAGGAGGCGCGGGCUCACCUCCGCGGUGGGGAUUGGGGAGGCGGGGGUUCCACGGAAGGGACUGAGGGAGGUGCGGCGACCCGCGGGCGGUCCGCUGCUGGAAGGCGGGACUGGCUUGCGGUGCGAUGAUGAGUGUGCUGUAUUUGAGAAAGGGAAAGGCGCUGUAUAUGAUACGAGGCGUGCGUACGCUUAUGGGGUAGUGAUUUCGGGCCCCAAGGCAACCAAGAGCAUCUAGGGAGCGGCAGAGGCGGCGGGUAGGUGGGUCCAGCGGGAGCGCGCAUGCCGUACCAACCAUGGCGCGCAUUUGCCGUGUCAAGUGGGCCGCGGCGAUUGUGACUUGAUGGUUCGUUGGUGUACAUGCGGCAAACCGCGGUGUGUACAAGUUACAAGUUACUGUCGCAGGGAUGCAGUACAGUACUGUCCGCAGCAGGAGAGUGGAGCGAGGAGAACAAGGCGUUAGGACGUUCGUCCGUUGUCCUGCUGUGGAGAGGACUGCGGACUAGGCAGGACUGCGGUGCCGGCGCGUGCUAGCCGGUUGACUGAUGAGAACUGUAGUGAUUACUGGUGGUGGACAUUCAUUCAAUGCUGCGGCUUGAUUGUGCCUUCGGACGCAUGCACGCGGACGGCCACCAGCAAAUCGACUUUGCAGCGUUAAAAGUUGAAGGUUAGAUGUGUAUGCAAGCAGCAGGUCGUUGAUAUUGCUAUGCAUAAUGAUAAUGUGGGUGUGGGUGUGGGCAUUGGCUUGAGCGUGGGCGUGGGCACGGGCAGGCCGGGAGGCGGCUGUAGCAGCCAUCAGGCAUGGAAAGGAAAAGUGAUGACGCUACUGCUGGUUGGUCGCGACUCGGGACCGCGCGGCCUAGCUCCUGGUAGGUGU